AUGAAUUUUGAGGUUGCACCGACAGAAUCGGUCACUCGCCGCGAGUUUCUCGCCGUCAUCCUUGCUGGUUUCGGGAACGAGCUCCUGCCUUUGACCGGCGAUCAUGGAGACGAGCCAUGUCCAAAGGCCCUUCUGUCUGUCGCAGACAAGCCAAUGCUCGAUUUCCCUCUUUCUUGGUUAGAGCAGUCUGGCAUCGAAGACGUCCUCCUCAUCUGCCCAUCAUCACACAAGCAUGCAAUUUCUCACUACGUCCAGUCCUCGUCAGCCUCGUUCACCUCCCUCAACAUCGACAUACAGACAUAUGACGAGUCACAGGAGAUGAGCACAGGCACAUGCUCCAUCCUCCGCCAUUUCUCCUCCCGCAUCCAAGAAGACUUUGUCAUCAUGCCAUGCGACUUCAUCCCACCACCUUCUCUACCUCUUUCGACCAUACUGAACAAGUUCAGGACAGACGCCAUGUCCGAUGGCUCCAUCGCCACCACUUGCUGGUUCGAAAACUCCAAACUAGACAAGGGUGCCUUCCCCGAGGAGUGGGGUCCUCCCCCAACUCCGACCACAAUUGUGUGGGAUGAUACCUCUGGCACCCUGUUGUACGUUGAUACACUCGAUGAUCAAGACCGUAAUGGCCAAGAUUUUGAGCUGCGAAUGAGCUUGCUGACUCGGUAUCCGCGAGCACGGCUAUCUAAGAAGCUUCAAGACUCCCACGUCUACGUAUGUAAACGGUCUGUCCUUGACGUUUUACAGCAAAAACGCCACCUCGACUCUCUCAAAGAGGACUUCUUCCCUUGGCUCUGCAAGGUUCAAUACCAGGCGACCAAGCGAGGCAAGUACGGUCAUACAUUGGGUGUCGUCUCCAAUUCUGCCAGCCACUCCAUGUCGAUGAAGCACUCCACGCUGUACACCGACGUACCAAAAGCACGAGCGUUCCUAGAUGUUCGCUCGCACGCGAGCUCGCCGGCCCCUCAGAGCGAAAUCGGUCUGUCACAGCCGCCAUCGCCAACGGGAUCGGAUGAUGACGAAUCCAUCACGGUGAGCUUGCGAAUCGGCCUGCACGUUCAUCGAGCAGAUAGCGGUUACGCUGUUCGCACCAACAAUCUCCAAGCUUACCUCGAGGCAAACCGGCGGUUCCUGUCGGAGACCUCAUACGUCUUGCCCUCCGACCCAACAAAGCGAUCUCUGAUCGACCACAAAGCUGCUAUAUCAGCCGACUCAGCCGUUGGAGACUUCACGCGCGUGGAAGAGAGAGCAAGCAUCAAAAAGUCAGUGAUAGGGAAACAUUGCGUCAUAGGAAAAAUGGCCAAGAUCGUCGGCUGCGUUUUACUCGACCAUUGUGUCAUAUCGGAUGGUGCACGGCUUGAAGGUUGCUUAUUGGGCGGGAACACAAAGGUCGGCACCAAAUCGGAGUUGAAAGGGUGUGUGACUCAAGCUGGCUAUGAGGUGGAAGAACAUGCCAACUACCGGAAUGAGAAACUUGACGUCUCUGACUGGAAUGAAGGUCAUCAACGUAGCGAAGACAGUGAAGAGGAAGGGGAAGACGAUGGAGAUGAAGAGGAUGACGAUUGAGGAAAGGAGCGUCUCAGCCAUGGAGCGCAUAUUUUCGCAAUAAAAACCUAGACUGGCAUAGAGAUAGUCGUGAUAGCUUUACUAUACAUGUCGUAGUACAGACAGUGUCACCGUGUGCGUGCCAUUUGGUUGCCAAGACCUUGGGCAAACCGCGACCCUCUGCCGCGAGAUCCUCC